GAUUACGGUAUUAGUGCUUCUCCAUAAUGGCGUCUGCUACUACUACUCAUCAUCAUCCCACUACCGCACUCGCCAACACUUCGUCAAUGCUCGAGCCUAUGCUCAACACUGAAGUGCUUCUAGUAACAGCAGAUGGUAAAGUGCUGUUGGGGAAAUUCAACGGGUUUGAUCAGUCGCUGAAUGUAGUAUUGAGUGAAUGUAAGGAGAGGGUUUACUCUACAGUGGAAGGAGUUGAGACGCUUCAUCACGGCCUCUACCUCGUUAGAGGCGACGAUGUAGUGUCCAUUGGUGAGGUUGAUGAGGAUAUCGAUGCCAGAAUAGACCAAUCCACAGUUAUGGCCGCCCAGUUGAAGAGUAUACUCCAUUAACAACGUAAUUAUGCUGAUUACGACGAUGAGAAAUCACCGCUUUCUG